AGAGAGAGAGCUGAGAGGAUCCACAGAAGAGAGCAGGGAAGAGAGAGAAAAAGGCAUGCUUAUAGUUCAACAGGGUGAACCAGCAGAGGGAAGGAGAUCGCCACUGAGAGUUGCGAGAAAUAUUUGGACUUAAUGGACUCAGCGGCGGCUCGGAGGGACACUGAGAGGCUUGUGUGAGGUGCUUGUGCUGAGGGCUGGCAGAAAGGAACUGAAGACAGAACGAGUGGAUCAUCCGGGUUCCGUUGCAGACAAACCUGACGAAAGACGUUUUACUUCAAAUGCAGAACCUUUGAGGGAACCUCUGCGCUCAGUGACUCCCUCCACUAACAGAAUGUUCUUUAGUGACUUCCCCACUUCAGAAAGGGAAGGAUAUUAACAGCUUUCCUUGUCAUUAUCUUGGAACACAUUGGAAUUUAAACAUUUUCUCCGAUGCUUACCUGCAAGGCAAAUCCAGUGCUGGAUGUAUGUCUAAUCUCACCCCGGGAAUAAGCAAAAACUUUGAGCUUUUUACUACCUUUUUUUUCUUUUUUUUCUGAACACUAUACACCCUGAUGAUCACAAGGGAAUAUGUCACUGUAUUCCUGGUGGGCUCCUGUUUACUGUUGGGCGACAGCUCCCAAAUCCCCCAGCAGACUUUGCUCCAGAGCAGGACUAACAGGGGUGCGGUGACGUCACCCCGGGGAGGCACAGGAAGUCAGAAUGUGAAGGCGUCUUUUGAGGAACUGAAGUCCUUCGAUGGCCGGAUGAGGCUGAGGAGACACGGGAAGUCGAGGGUCCAGCGGAUUAAAAGAGGCUGGGUGUGGAACCAGUUCUUUGUGCUGGAGGAGUACAUGGGAUCUGAACCUCAGUAUGUUGGAAAGCUCCACACAGAUAUGGACCAUGGAGACAGUGUCGUGAAGUACACUCUGUCAGGAGAAGGAGCCGGGUCCAUCUUCACCAUCGAUCAAAUUACCGGAGAUAUACAUGCACUGGUGGGGCUUGACAGGGAGGAAAAGUCGUACUACACGCUGAAGGCCCAGGCUGUUGACAUUCAUACGGGCAUUCCCCUGGAGCCAGAGUCAGAGUUCAUCAUCAAAGUGCAGGAUAUCAACGACAAUGAGCCACGUUUCCUAGAUGGACCCUACAGUGCCAGCGUGCCGGAGAUGUCCCCAACAGGAACCUAUGUCACACAGGUGACUGCCACAGAUGCAGAUGACCCCACAUAUGGCAACAGCGCUCGCAUCGUCUACAGCAUCCUCCAUGGCCAGCCCUACUUCUCUGUGGAUCCCAAGACAGGAGUGAUCAGGACAGCUCUGGCCAACAUGGACCGUGAGGUGAAAGAGGAAUACCAGGUUCUUCUGCAGGCCAAAGACAUGGGAGGGCAGCUGGGGGGUCUGGCCUCCACCACCACCAUCAACAUCACCCUGGGCGACGUCAAUGACAACCCGCCACGCUUCGCGAAGAGUAUUUUCCAUCUCCGGGUGCCAGAAUCGGCGGCAGUGGGCUCAGCUGUGGGUCGGAUUCUGGCCCAUGAUCUGGAUGCUGGCAGCAAUGCAUGGGUGGAUUACACCAUUGUUCCAGGAGAUGAGGGCAACAUGUUUGACAUCGUCUCUAAUAAAGAAAGUCAAGAGGGAGUCGUGAUCCUGAAAAAGAUGAUCGACUAUGAAACCAAGAAGUCCUACACUUUCAAGGUGGAAGCGUCCAAUGCGCAGCUAGAUCCCCGUUUCCUCCACCUGGGGCCCUUCAAAGACUCUGUGACUAUCAAAGUGAACGUACUGGACGUGGACGAGCCUCCUGUUUUCACCAAGCCCUCCUACUCCAUAGACAUGUACGAGGACACUCCUCCAGGAACCAUCAUCGGCUCGGUGACGGCUCAUGACCUAGAUGCCAGCAGCAGCGCUGUCAGGUAUUCGCUGGAGUGGCACACAGAGUCUGACAGCUGCUUCGACAUUGACACCGUUGAGGGAACCGUUUCCACUAAUGAAUACCUGGACAGAGAAGCAGCUGUUCAACACAAUAUCACCGUGGUGGCGACCAAACUCAACAACCCUCUGCUGUCCGCCAAAGUUUCAGUGACAGUCAAUGUCUUGGAUGUGAACGAGUUCCCUCCUGAGCUGGCGAUUCCUUCAGAUACGUUCGUCUGUGAAAACUCCAGAAUUGGACAGGUGAUUCAGACGGUCAGCGCUGUGGACAAGGACCUUCCUCCUGUCGGCCAGAGGUUCUUCUUCAAGUCCCCCAAGGAGCUCCGCAACAGAAACUUCACCGUUCGAGAUUUUGGAAACAACACGGCCGGCAUUGUGGCUCGGCGUUCAGGUUUUCAGCGGCGGCUGCAGGACGUCUACCUUCUUCCUGUUGUGGUUGAAGACAGCGGUUAUCCCGCCCAGAGCAGCACAACCACCGUCACCAUCCGAGUGUGCUCCUGUGAGGCCGGAGGCUCGCUGCUGACCUGCUCGGCGGAGGCUAUCUUCCUGCCCGUGGGCCUCAGCACUGGAGCUCUGAUGGCUAUUCUUCUGUGUGUGGCUUUACUGAUGGUCAUGUCGGCUUUAUACAUGGGGCAGAGACGCCACAAACAGAAAGAGACUCUGAUGACGUCCAAAGAGGACAUCCGUGAUAACGUCAUUCACUACGACGAUGAGGGCGGCGGCGAGGCUGACACACACGCCUUCGACAUGGGAACUCUACGCAACACACACUCACAGCGCACCAGCACUCAGAGCAGCAGCUCCAAGAAGGAGAAAAACGGCUACGGCAACGGAGUUCUGCUGCACCUCAGCAGUCGCUGCGACGACGUCAGGUCACCUGACAUCCAUCGAGAAACAGCCUGCGUCAUUUCCGCCAUGAACGGCAAGGCCACACUUCCCUCCCGAGGCAGAGUGACUGAGGGUGAUGCAGAAAUGAUCCGGGAUUUCAUAGAACACCGGCUGGUGGAGAGCGGCCAGGGUUACGCCGCUCCGCCCUACGAUUCACUGGCGACCUACGCUUAUGAGGGCGAAGGCUCGGUGGCCGGAUCCCUCAGCUCCAUCGAGGAGUCGUUUGUUAUUGAUGAGUCGGGGGAUUUCAGCUCCCUUGGUGACUGGGGACAGCCGUUUAAAACACUGGCUAGCAUUCUGGACAGACAGCCGCCUACACUGUCAGAGGAGAGCUGAGAGGAAGUUGGACAGCACAGAGAUGUUCAGCAGCCAUGUGGGGACUAGCUCACUUUUCUAGACUUGUUUUUUUACUGUGACAGGCACUGGCUAGAGUGAUGUAAGGACGUUUAAAAAGUUGUCAAUGUGAGGUAGAGUUGUGGACUGGUUAGCUAGAGAGCAGAAGAUCUAGCAUCAGGUGUGUGAAGAGUAAACUUGAUAGCUCCUCAAAGUGCCUGAGGUAUUCUGUGUUAACAUGUAUUUUAAUUCAUGUUACUUAAUAAAAAUAUGUUCAACGAAA